ACCACACAAACUCUUCAUCGCAUCUAGAUCUUUCCCCGCAAACCUCGUGUUCUUUGUCUCAAAUCCCUCUCCACAAGAACCUAUAAAUCAUCAUCUGUUCAUAUAAAAGAUCCCCCUUUUCAAAAUUUCACCGCUUUUUAUUCAACCCCUUUUCACGAUUUCCACCGAUCUAGAUCCUGUCUUAUUCUCAAUUCAGUUUUCUGCUGUAGAUUUGGAUCAUUAGUGAUACCCCACACCCCAAAAGUAAAGGGAUUAUAUGGCAGAGCAUGUGUUGGAGGGUAGCCAACCAGUUGAUCUAACCAAGCACCCAUCUGGAAUCGUUCCUACUCUUCAGAACAUUGUGUCUACUGUGAAUCUUGAUUGCAAGCUAGACCUGAAGGCAAUUGCACUGCAAGCUCGUAAUGCUGAAUAUAAUCCAAAGCGUUUUGCUGCUGUAAUUAUGAGGAUAAGAGAACCAAAAACAACAGCCUUAAUCUUUGCUUCUGGAAAAAUGGUAUGUACAGGAGCCAAGAGUGAACAACAGUCAAAAUUGGCAGCACGGAAGUAUGCAAGAAUUAUUCAGAAACUUGGGUUUCCAGCCAAAUUUAAGGAUUUCAAAAUUCAAAACAUUGUGGGGUCAUGUGAUGUAAAAUUUCCCAUUAGACUUGAAGGCCUUGCAUACUCUCAUGGUGCCUUUUCAAGUUAUGAACCAGAGUUAUUGUUCUUACAGGAGCUAAGGUUAGAGAUGAAACUUAUACUGCAUUUGAGAACAUAUAUCCUGUGCUUACAGAAUUCAGAAAGAAUCAGCAGUGAUUCUUGAUUUUGGGUGAAAUGGUUUUUUUAUGGGGCUGGAGUUGACUUUAGGGUUUGACCUGCCAUGGGACUUUUACUGGUAUAAGGAAGGGCAAGUGUAAAUAUGAUGGUGGAAAUGGAAAUGGAAUGGAAGGGAUUAAGUGAGGCA